AGAGCUUAUCAAAAGCGUUAUCGUAAGAGUUAUUUAGUCGACUUGGUAGAUGGCGUAAUUCACGAAAAUUCGUCAUCGGUAAGGUGAUGUAUGAAUGUAAUUCCGAGUAUGGUGAGCGCAACAACCAAGACUGAACCUACGAUAGUCCGGAGUGGUCCGGAGUGAUUAAAAACAGUGGAUGUAGUGGACGGAUCGCGUCUGAUCACACUCUAUCGCUCCUGUUGGGAAUGGGUGUUUCCUAAUACUGUCCCGAGACAUCUUGAGAGAUUUAUGUAUAUUUGAGUUUACACUUGAAUUGUUUCUUGUGUCGCGCAACUUGGUGUUACGCAUAAAGGGCCCUUGUUUCUCACUUUCUUUUCUUCGUUCUUACUGUAAUAAAAGGAGCAAGUAAAAAUGCCCGUCUUUCAUACCAAGACUAUUGAAAGUAUUCUCGAGCCUGUGGCUCAGCAGGUCUCGAGACUUGUUAUUUUACAUGAAGAAGCUGAAGAUGGAAAUGCAAUGCCAGAUUUGGGGCGGCCUGUACAGGCUGUCAGUAUGGCAGUGACUAAUCUUGUAAAGGUCGGAAAAGAAACGAUAAAUUCAUCUGACGAUGCUUUGCUCAAGCAAGACAUGCCAGCGGCACUGCAGCGUGUUGAGGGUGCCUCUCGUCUUUUGGAGGAAGCAUCAGCUAUGUUGAAACAAGAUCCAUACUCUGGACCUGCCAGGAAAAAGCUUAUUGAAGGUUCACGUGGUAUUUUGCAAGGCACUAGUUCUUUGCUUCUCUGUUUCGACGAGAGUGAAGUACGAAAGAUCAUACGAGAAUGCAAACGCGUAUUAGACUAUCUGGCUGUUACUGAAGUUAUUGAAACAAUGGAGGACUUGGUACACUUUCUUAAGAAUUUAAGCCCAUGCCUCAGUAAAGUCUCGAGAGAAGUGAGCGCUCGUGAAAAGGAGUUGACACAUCAAGUGCACAGAGAAAUAUUAGUGCGCUGCCUAGAUCAAGUCAAGACGCUCGCUCCAAUUCUGAUUUGUUCCAUGAAGAUUUUUAUCCACAUUAUUUCACAAGGUGGAAAAGGUGCGGAUGAGGCAGCGGAAAAUCGUAACUACUUGUCUGGAAGAAUGUCGGACGAACUGAAUGAAAUUAUUCGAGUGUUACAAUUGACAACAUAUGAUGAAGAAGAGUGGGACGCUGAUCAAUUAACCGUGCUAAAGAAGGCUCAAAGUGCUAUAGAAUCCAGGAUACGAGCUGCUUAUGAUUGGUUGGAUGACGGAUUGGCACUAAGAGGUGGCGUAGGAGAAAAGAGCCUUCGUCAAAUAAUAGAGCAAGCAUCGCGUUUGGCAGAUCGCUAUUUGCCGCCAUCGCAAGCAGAGCCCAUAUCUAAACUGGCCUCUCAAAUUGUCACAAUGACCGAUGCUCUCUGCGAAUUGCGCCAGAAUGAAAAAGGCACGACACCUCAAGCGGAAGCUUUAGCACGCAGUAUUAAAGAAAAGUUAAACGAGCUUCGCGGCUCAGUAGCGUCCGCCUUAGUAGCAGCAGAUAAGUCGGGAAUUGCACAAACAGCACACACAGUAGCGGGCCGAUUAGAACAAGCGAACAAGUGGCUUCUGCAUCCGGAACUUGAUGACAAGGGACUCGGUAAAAGGGCUAUAGCUUUAAUAAUACACGAAGGAAAAAAGGUGGCUGAGGGUUUACCAGGCAUACAUAAGGCUGAAAUUCUGCAAUUGUGCGAUGAGGUGGACAAUUUAUCGCACCAACUUGCUGAUCUAUGUGCUCAUGGCCAGGGCAACACUCCGCGCGCUCAAGAGAUAGCUCGACAGCUAUCCCACAAACUCUACGAAUUAAAGAAUAGGAUACAACAGGCCGUCGUAUCUCGCGUCGUUGAGGAUUUCAUUGACAUUACUACACCCCUCAAGCAAUUUACGGAUGCCGUUCUAGCUCCCACAGGCACACCGGGACGCGAUCAAAACUUCAAUGAUAAGACAAGCGCGUUGCAGACGUUUUCGAACAGAGCGGCGAAGACGGCAAGGAUGGUUGCAGCUGGCGGAAGUGGAGGAAACAAGAAACUGGCCGAAGCACUAGCCGCCAGCGCGUCGCAAGUGGAAUCUCUUACACCGCAGUUGGUCAACGCAGGACGAAUUCGUAUGACUUAUCCGGAUAGUAAAGCCGCGGAUGAGCAUUUUGAAAAUUUGCGACAACAGUAUGCGGAGACGAUGCAGAGAGCGCGAGCGUUAUGCGACGAGGCGACCGACAGCGGUGAUUUUAUCAAAACUUCCGAAGAACAAAUGCAGAAGCAUUCGUUUCUUUGCGAGGAAGCUAUCGCCAAGGCCCUGCCGCAAAAGAUGGUCGAUAACACAGCGUCUAUCGCGCGUCUCGCAAAUCGUGUCAUACUCGUAGCGAAACAGGAAAGCGACAAUAGCGAAGACCCUGCCUUUAUACAAAGAGUGAAUCACGCUACCGAUGUUCUUCAAAAUAGUGUUGCGCCGAUGGUUCAAGAUGCGAAAUUGGUGGCGAUGAACAUUAAUGACAGUGCUGCGAUAUCGCGCUGGAGAGAAAGUAAUCGUGCAUUGCUAGCCAAUGUUGGACAAGUUCGUAAAGCCAUUGUAAUUCAACCAGAUUUGGUGCCGUCUCUGGACAUGUCACAGUUACAUAUUAAUGACGAUGAACAAAUUCCAAUUCGACAAUAUAAUUACUCCAAACCUAAAGUAGAGAAUCCCGAUCUUUUGUAUCAAGAAUUGACUUCUGACAACGAUUUAGACAAAUCGAUUCAUGAUGGAGAAGUGGCACCUCCUCGCCCACCUUUGCCAGGAGGCGAUAUCCCACCACCAAGGCCACCUCCCCCAGAGACUGACGAUGAGGAAGAAAUGUUUAUGCAUGCUCCUCAACCCAAUCAACCAAUAAUGAUGGCUGCCCAUGGUUUGCACCAAGAGGUACGACAAUGGUCGAGCAAGGACAACGACAUUAUUGCCGCGGCGAAGAAAAUGGCCAUAUUAAUGGGCAGGCUGUCAGGGCUGGUUAGAGGCGAGGGUGGCAACAAACGAGAUCUUAUCGCGUGCGCCAAAGCCAUCGCAGAAGCUUCCCAGGAAGUGACCCGUCUCGCAAAGGAACUCGCUAGAGAGUGCACCGAUAAACGUAUUCGAACGAAUCUUCUCCAAGUUUGCGAGCGUAUACCCACUAUUGGAACACAACUGAAGAUACUCUCGACAGUAAAAGCCACUAUGCUUGGAGCACAAGGUACGGAAGAGGAUCAGGAGGCAACGGAUAUGCUUGUCGGAAAUGCUCAGAAUCUUAUGCAAAGCGUGAAAGAAACGGUGCGAGCCGCAGAAUGUGCCAGCAUAAAGAUUCGUACCGCUUCCGGUAUGAAAUUGCGCUGGGUGCGUCGUCAGCCUUGGUAUCAAUAUUAAAUGAUAAGAAAACUACACAAUUUCAAGGAAAAUCCGCAAGAUUUUGCUUGGUGUUCAAUAUACACAUAGAAAUAUUGGUAGAAAUAUUUUUCCAUAAUUCUAAUAUAUAUUAAAAAUAUAACAGUAUAUAUUUCUACGUAAACUACAAGUACUAAUUACAUUGUAAUGUGCUUUAUAUAUUCUUAAAUUGACUGACAUUUUGUUUUGUUGAUUUAUUUUUUUACUUGUUUACUUGCUUGGUAACACAGACUUUUUAGGAGGAAAGAUUCUAUACUCUGAUUUUUAACGAAAUAAUCCAAUAAUCAAGUUUUUCACUUUACAAUCAUGAAUGUAGUAUAGAUUGAAAAUUAAUCUUUGAUCUCUUAGUUUGUUAUUUUAAAUAAAAAAUUUUAUUAAUGUUUGGUAUGCCAUAUACAUAUUAAAAAUAGUAGUACCUUAUUAGUAGUAAUAAUAAGCAAAUGUUUUGUUUAUAGAAAGAUGUAAAGCUAAAAAAAAACAAGCAAUGACAGUCUUAAUAAAUUUUUGUGCAAUGAUACAGUGCUAACAAUAUUGUAAAUAGCAAAAUAUUUCACUCCUUAUUCAGAUUUUUUCCAAACAAAGUACAAAUGCUGAUUAUAAAAAUUUAUACUUUGAUUGAAGAGAACCUGCAUGAAUUAAAAUGUUCUGCUAUUUAUAACACUAUAAUAGUAAUACCAAUAUAUAAUAAAUAUAGGGCAAUAAUACAUAUUUUCAUUAAUCUCUUUCUACGCUCGAAUUAAAAUAUGAAUAAACAAGUCUUUAUAAAUCUUUUAAUAUUCUUUCUAAUUAAACUAAACACAAUAAGAUUUGUGAAAACUACUUAUAUUUAUAAGUAAAACCUUUGUCAUACGGAAUAUUGCCACAUAGAACUAAAAUGUUAUAUUUUUACAAAAAUAAGAGCGAAUAUAAUCACACACAUGAAAUUGUUAUAUAAAUAUAUUAAACAACUAUGUAUAUAGAGUGAAAUCACACAAGUCUGUAAUUUUUGAGUCAAUUUUUUUGACAUUGUUAGAAUAUGAAAAUUAUAUUUAAAAGAUAUAAUUUUACUUUAUAAAGUUUAACUUUUCUAAAUUAGAAAAAUAUAAAGUAAUAGUAUUAAUUUAAAAGAUAUAUCGUAAAUAUAUCACCAUUUAUUGUACUAUUAUAUAGUAUAGUAUACGAGUAUAUGAGCUUUUAUAGAAAAAAACAAUUUUGGCAAUCAAAUAUUUCUAUUUUCUAUUUAAAUUACGAUAUUUCCCGAUAUUUCACAUGAAACUUUAUAGGCACCUGCCACUGUACAUUAUAUUAAUAUAAUAUAUACAAAACUAUUUUCAUAAGUUUUAUGUGGCAAUCAUAAUGAUAUCAAUAUCAGAAUUUUUCGCUUUGUAUUCUCAUAUUUUUUUAAGCGGUGCUAAUAUGUGCAAUAUUGUCCCAAACCAUGUUGCUGUGUAACGGAAAGUUCUAACCAUAUGGCGAUAGUAAUUUUCUAAUGGAUAACAUAGUAUAAAUCAAUUCUAAAAAUCUUCUAAAGUAAUAAAAUAUGGAAUGUUACGAUGCGUACGUAUUAAUUUUCAGCGACAGAUAUGAUGUAUUUCGAAAUACUUUUAUGUAACCACAUUUAUAAUAAAAAUAACAUGUUUUGACU